GCGCAACUGAUGGUGACACACUAUUCAUAACAAAUUAUUCAUAUUGACUGAAAAUACUCAAGAAUAAUUACAAUCGAUAUGCCAUCCCCCUUCUUCAAUCCCGGCACAACCUCGCAUGCCGAUCAACUCGCCAUCCUACACCUACGAAGAGACGCCUUAGUCCCCACCAUCCUCCGAACCCACGACGACGAAAACCUAGGCUACGACGAAGGAAAAGUCACAAAUACACGCUUCGGAUCAUUUCCACACAGUACAUUGAUCGAUCAACCAUGGGGCUCUCAAAUCGUAGCCUCGGAGGUCAACACGGGUAGGAGAUCGAACAAGAGAGGAGGAAAAAGAAAAGCGGCAGCUCUGAAUGACGGUGAUGAUACUGCUACCAGUACUGCUGCGACUACUGCAUCUCCGAAAACUGCGAGUAGUGGAUUCAUUCAUUUGUUACCGCCUACGCCUGAAUCGUGGACUUCGGCACUACCGCAUCGGACGCAGGUGGUUUACACGCCUGAUUAUAGCUAUAUUCUUCACCGAUUGCGUGCCUCGCCGGGAAAGACGAUUAUCGAAGCAGGUGCUGGAAGUGGCUCGUUCACGCACGCCGCUGCUCGAUCAGUUUUCAAUGGUUAUGAAAGUCUCCGGCCAGCACAUAAGAAACAAAAAACAAGACUAGGCAAAGUCUGCAGUUUCGAGUUCCACGAAGCCAGAGCUGGGAAGGUCCAAGAAGAGCUGGUACAGCAUGGUCUAGAGGACGUUGUGCGAGUCACGCAUCGAGAUGUCUACAACGAUGGCUUCUUACUCGGCGAUGAACCAUCAGAAAGAUCAUCACCAAAGGCAAACGCCAUCUUUCUGGAUCUACCAGCCCCCUGGCUAGCACUCAAACACCUCGUGCGAAACCCAGAGGAUGGCUCCAAGUCACCUUUGGACCCAUCCUCAGCAGUACGCAUAUGCACAUUCUCGCCUUGUAUGGAACAGGUCCAAAAGACGAUCAGUGUGCUUCGCCAAUACGGCUGGCUGUCUAUAUCAAUGGUUGAAGUCAUGCAUAAAAGGAUAGAGGUUCGAAGGGAAGUAGUCGGUCUAGAUAAUGAAGGCGUGAGACGGGCAAUCGUAUAUCCGAAAUCAGUGGAAGAGGCAGUUGGGAAAUUACGCGUUGUUGAGAAUCGGUUAAAGGAGUUUAAGACGAUUCAGAGGGAGGCUGCUACUGCUGCUGCUAAUGGUGAAGCCGUUGUUAAAGUUGAAGAAUCAAAUGAUUCGUCAUCUCAGAAACAACCACCACGGAAUGAUCAGAAAAUGGCGCAAGUGCCUAGCUAUGAACUCGGCAGACUGGUCCAUCGCAGCGAACCAGAUAUCAAGACUCAUACUUCAUAUCUCGUCUUUGCAGUAUUGCCUCGUGCGUGGUCGGAGGAAGAUGAACAGAAAGCGAGGGAGUUAUAUCCAUCGCGGCCUACUUAGUACAAUGUACAUACAAUACUGGGUAGAAAAAGCAUAAAAGACGGUUUAUGCCGAGUUUGGAUAUCU